UGAGUACGCCGACGACCUCGCUCCUAGUUUGGCGUGGAGCCCAUCCAUAAUGCAAGUGGAUGUCGAGGUUGAGGCACUUAGCAGUGAGUCGUUCAGGAGACUUACUUCCGGGAAUGGCUUUGUACGAACCUGGUGGCCAAUCCUCAAGACGGUCCCUGAACACGUACGGCAAAGGAUCUGCCUCAACGUCAUCCGAAUGGGAUGGGAUAUCCUCGCCCGGGACUACUCGAAGCCCAUCGGGAGGGCCCUGUACGAGGGAGACCUUCUCCGCCUAAGGUUAUGGGAGGGUGAACCGAUCUGUGGUUUCGCCACCGGGGCCGCUGGCAGCGACCAGUGCCGAUACAUCAUUGAGGACGUCGCGAAUUGUCAAUGGCACUUGAAGAGUCGGCAUCCCGCAAUACCACCCAUCCCCCACAUGAGCUAUGUUACCGCUUACGCAGUACCACCCAUCCCCCAGGUACACGUAGAUCUCAUCCGUAAGCAGGGGAUCGUUAUGUGUUGCUCCACUCCUGGCUUUGGGAGGGCCCCGUGUCGGGAGAUCAUGGUUGCCGAUCCCGCGAUCGUUGCAGCGCACUUCGAGAGCCAGCACACACUAUCUUUUCGCUGUUCAUGGGUAGAGCCCGGCUCAUGGAGGACAAAGUCCUGUGAUACCUUGCUAGUGGAACAUUCCUUGGAGGCUCUGCUGAGACAUAUUGUUACUCAACAUAUCCAGAAUCUGCCGUACGAGGACCUAGCAGUGCCGCAACCCAACGUGCCACUGGUAGAGAGGGCCUGUGAAAUGCUCGCUGGCCUCCCACGUUAUGAUUACACAUAGGACGACUGCUGCGAAGGAACUGUGCGAGGCGGGUGGUUGGGAUGGACAUUUUUCCUUCCAUGGACUUCUUAAUGUACUAUGUAGUACCGCGGUACCUGUUUAUCUAGACUGAGACGAAUGCUGUUGUCAGCUCAA